AUGGAAGUAGACAAUUACAGUACUCAGGAAAUUGAAGAGUUAUCUUUGGCAGCACGAGAUUAUGCAACUGCUCAUGGCUUACUGUUUGUAGAUGGAGCACAAAAAAAAGAGGAUACGAAUCGAGCUACCCAAGUUCCAUUGACUCUUUUUCCUAGUCCUAUUCCAAGAGAAGCUUUCCUACAAGGAGUUUCUGUGCAAAAAGCCUAUAAUAAGCUUUAUGCCAAAAUCGCCAAUGAUCCUGAAUUUCUCAAGGCGCAUUUAGAGCCUAUCACAAAGUACGACAAGUUUAUGGAAAAAUUAUGGGACUUGCAUGUGAAACAUCUUGAAUUUAAUGAAAAGCUUAAGCCUGAGUUACGCCAGCCUUUAGCGCUUGGAAUCUUCAGAUCAGAUUAUAUGGUGAACAAAGACGACCAAGAAGUUACCAGUAAGCAAGUUGAAUUCAACACCAUCUCGGUGUCUUUUGGAGGUCUUAGUAAAAUGAUGGCCAAUUUACAUUUUUAUUGUUCAUCUUCAGGUUUAUAUAAGAAACCUAUGGAACUAGAUUACCUCACCGUCAAUACUUCCAUCACUGGCAUUUGCAGUGGUAUCUCUAGUGCUUACAAUGCCUACUGCGAACAAGCAAAAAGGAUCCCUUCGAAGAAAUUGCAUGCUACUGAGGGGACUGAGCCCAUUAUUUUAUUUGUCGUGAAAGACAGCGAGCGUAAUAUUUGCGAUCAGCGUCUUUUGGAAUAUGAGCUUGUCGGUCGUUUUAAAAUCAAAUCAAGACGUGUUGCCAUUUGUCAAUUGGAUCUGUUGAUUCGAGAUGAAGAAAGCAACAAGCUUUAUUACAAUCACCCCAACGGUAUUUACGAAGUUGCUAUCGUUUACUAUCGAUCCGGCUAUGCAUUAGAUGACUACCCUACCAACAAAGAGUGGGAAAUCCGUUUGACGAUUGAAAAUUCCCUUGCCAUAAAGUGUCCCACCAUUGCAACUCACUUAGCAGGCUCGAAAAAGAUUCAGCAGGUGCUUGCCGAAAGCAAUGCCCUUGAAAGAUUUGUGCAGGGUGAAGAACAAAAAGCCAUUGAGUCAACUUUUGCUGAUAUGUAUCCUUUGAAUGAUACACCCCGCGGUCAGGAGGGUAUAAAGCUUGCUCUUGAAAACUCUGAAGACUUUGUUAUGAAGCCUCAGCGAGAAGGCGGUGGGAAUAACACCUAUGGAAAAGACAUUCCUGAUCUCUUAAACAGUCUUCCCAAGGGAGAAUGGGAUUCCUACAUCUUGAUGCGUUACAUCAAAUCUCUUCCUUCACAGAACUACAUCUUGAAAGGAAGUGUAGCUGAAAAAUACGAUGUUGUUGAUGAAAUUGGCAUUUUAGGAACAAUUGUCUGGAAUACCAAAACAGCUGAAGAAUUAAACAAUGGCAACACAGGCUAUAUAUGCCGUACAAAGCCCGUUUCUUCUCAUGAAGGCGGUGUAGCUACUGGUUACGCUUCUUUAUCUAGUAUAGAUGUGAUAGACUAA